AACACGCACACGAAUUACACCAGUCGAUUGGCUGCCAAACACAGAAUGGACUAGCCGGGAUAACGGGUAGAGCAGGUGAACUGUUGAACCGUCGUGCCUGCUAUUCACUCUGUCUGCCUCUAGAUGUGUUGUUUCGAUGAUUAGUCCCAUCGAGCAAUUCAAAUAGUUUAGGAUAAGGAGAGAAGGUUAUUUCAAGCGUUAUCCGCCAGCCAGCUUCUCUACGUGCUGUUUUUUUCUUACCGUUCUGCAACUCGCUCUACUGGAAGAAGGCAGUGUUCAAGACUUUUAAUAGCCGCGUUUAUUAUCGUGCUCGUGUUAUAUCGACAGGAGGACAGCCUUACAAGUUCACCACUAGAAGCCUUGGAGAGGGUGAGCAACAGGUGUAUUGUUCUGCAGCGGACCCUGCAGGUGUCAUCAGUCAGCAGGAUGCGGGACUAUGAGGGUCCCGUCGUCCACCAUUGACCGCCCCCCUGCUGUAUCUAAACCCGGGUCGAGGACCCUCUCCCUGGACUCCAAGAUGAAGGACACAGGGGAGACAAAGGACCACCAAUUAACCGUUGCUCUGAGGAUCCGGCCCUUGAGCGAAGCUGAGCACGAGGACGGUGCCACUGUGGUGGCCCACCGAUUGGAUGAACAGAUGGCGGUUCUCAUGGACCCGAUGGAGGAUCCAGACGACAUCCUGCGUGCCAACCGCUCCAGGGAGAAGACCUACAUGUUUGACGUGACGUUCGAUUACCUAGCCAAUCAGGAGGAGGUGUACCGCGCCACCACCAAGGGGCUGAUCGAGGGGCUCAUAUCGGGCUACAACGCCACCGUGUUCGCCUAUGGACCCACAGGUUGCGGGAAGACAUACACAAUGUUAGGGACCGACAAAGAGCCCGGCAUUUACGUGCGGACGUUGAACGACUUGUUCAAAGCCAUUGAGGAGACCAGCGAUGACAUGCAAUACAGUGUUACCAUGUCCUACUUGGAGAUCUACAACGAGAUGAUCCGCGACCUGCUGAACCCGUCCUCGGGCUUCCUGGACCUGAGAGAAGACUGCAAAGGUGGGAUACAGGUGGCCGGGAUCACAGAGGUGUCCACCAUCAACGCCCGCGAGAUCAUGGAGCUGCUGGUGCGGGGCAACAAGCAGCGCACCCAGGAGCCCACGGCGGCCAACCAGACGUCGUCGCGCUCCCACGCUGUGCUGCAGGUGGGCGUCCGCCAGCAGAGCCGCAGCCGGGACGUCCUGCAGGAGGUCCGCUUCGCCCGCCUCUUCAUGAUCGACCUGGCCGGGUCCGAGCGGGCUGCGCAGACUCAGAACAGGGGUCAAAGGUUGAAAGAAGGGGCUCACAUCAACCGCUCCUUGCUUGCCUUGGGCAACUGCAUCAAUGCCCUGAGUGACAAGAACUGCAACAAGUAUAUCAACUACAGAGACAGCAAGCUCACUCGACUGCUGAAGGACUCACUCGGGGGAAACAGCCGCACGGUCAUGAUCGCGCACAUAAGCCCCGCCUCCCUGGCGUUCGAGGAGUCGAGGAACACGCUGACGUACGCGGACCGCGCCAAGAGCAUCCGCACGCGGGUCAAGAAGAACCUGAUCAACGUGUCCUACCACAUCGCCCAGUACACCAACAUCAUCUCAGACCUGCACUGUGAGAUCCAGCGGCUCAAGAAGAAGAUCGCAGACCAACACAUAUCUGUGGGGGUGCUUCAGCCCCUUCACCGUCACCUCCAUGGUCUUCCCGUCGAUGUUGAUCCACCGCGGAGCGCCCCGCGCCAGAAAGGUUCUGGCAAAAAUAAUCAAUAA